UAUAGUUUAGUAAAUCAAGAAAGUUACUAGAUUAUUGUAUUCAAGAUAUACAUGUAUGACGUACGCGACAGUCUGUAGUUCCAAAACAUGGGUUUUCUCUGUUAUAUUUUCAAUUAAAUGAUUAUUCUUUUUUUAUCCAAUUUAGUAAAGAAAACAUUAAAUUUUAUUUAUGGUGUAAAAAAAUUACAAAAUUCAAUACGAUGAUCAUUCUCUUUAUAUUACGAAAAUAGGGAAAGUGUAUACGGUAUAGUAGAUCUGCCAUGAUAGAUCCGAACGCGUCUUCAUCUUAUUCCAAAAAAGUCAGAAAUUGUUAGCAAAAUGUGUAAUUUUUGUUAUCAGGAGAGCUUCUUAAAGUAAAAGUACAGAUUACAGAAUGGUGGUGGAUUGUUUAUCCAUUCAAGGCUCAGCAGCUAUAAUACGGAAGCAGGAGCGAAGAUUAGGUGGGUUAGUGGCUGCAAAGAUGCAACCUAACAAUGUUGGUAGUUGUGGUGGUAUGACACCUAAAGAACUUUCUGACAAUGAUGACCUAGCUACUUCUCUCGUAUUAGAUCCUUAUCUUGGAUUUACCACCCAUAAAAUGAAUAUCAGGUACAGACCAUUAAAAGCAAAUAAAGAUGAACUCCGUAAAAUUAUUUGUGAAUUUAUUCAAACCCAAAAUUAUGAAAAAACUUAUAAAAAAUUAAUGGGUGGUGAUUGGGGUGCAAGACUUCCUCACACAAAAUCUAAACAACAACAAAUAAAUUUAGAGAAACAUAUUUACAGAUAUUUAAAAGUUUUUGAUAAGGAUUCUGGAUUUGCAAUAGAACCAUGUUAUAGGUAUAGUCUUGAAGGUCAAAAAGGUGCCAAAAUUUGCGCAACUCGAAAAUGGUUAAAACAUGAUAAAAUAUCUUGUCUUGUUGGCUGUAUUGCUGAACUUAGUGAAAAGGAAGAAGCAGCAUUAUUACAUCCAGGAAAAAAUGACUUUUCUGUUAUGUUUAGUUGCAGAAAAAAUUGUGCACAACUAUGGUUAGGUCCAGCAGCAUAUAUUAAUCAUGAUUGUAGAGCUAAUUGCAAGUUUGUGGCAACAGGAAGAGAUACAGCUUGUGUUAAAGUUCUUCGUGAUAUUGAAGUAGGAGAAGAAAUUACUUGUUUUUAUGGAGAAGAUUUUUUUGGAGAUGGUAACUGUUACUGUGAAUGUGAAACAUGUGAAAGGAGAGGAACUGGAGCAUUUGCAAAUCAAAAACCAGGAGAAGAACUUUCCUCUGGAUACCGUCUACGAGAAACAGACAAUCGCAUCAAUCGUACGAAACAUAGACAACAACCAUUAAGUCGUAAUAAACAACAAGCUGAUACCGCACUUACAGAAAAAAAUGCAGUUCUUGUUGGUAAUGCUGCAAUAGCACCACAAAGUCUUAGUAUGAAAGAGUUAAGAAGAAAGGGCUUAACAAAAUAUGAUGCAGAAUUAUUAAUUGCACAAGGUUGUCGAUUUUCUGACAUUGCUCAACAACAACCUAUUAUAAAUAAUGGAGAAAAUGUAUUACAAACAUCUCGACCUCAUCCUUCUGCUAUUACUACAAAUUCCGUGUCAAGAAAUCUUCGAAAUAAACAAUUAUGUAAAUUUGAUGGUGAUAACGGUCAUCAGAAUAAUAUUAAAAAUCAUACGCUUCGAUCGUCCAGAAUUCAUAAAAGAACAGAAUCAAAGAAAAACAAAAUUUCGGAAAAGAUUGAAUCUCCUUGUUUAAAUGGUUCCAUAAUAAAAAAUAUUGAAUUAGAAGAUAUAAGUCACCGUAAAGAAGAUUCUGAUAGAGUAGAUGAAGAAAUGAUAUAUUCUAGAUUACAUAAAACUCAUUCAAGGAGUACUUUAAAUGAAGAAACUAAUAAUAUUUGCCAUGUUCAGACUUCAUGUCAUGAUAUAUUGGAACAAUCAACCUGUUCUAAUCUUCAAAGAGAAUGUUCAGACACAUUCAUUAAAAACAAUAGAGAAAUAAAUAGCAAAUUGAUAAAUGAAAAAGAAAUACCUGAUAUUAUUGUAGAAAUUAAUUCUAAUUCAGUAGAUAAUAUUAAUACUUCCAAUUCUAAAAAAGAACACUAUAGUACAAAUUCCUGUGAUUCAGUUCAUAUAAGUUCCAUGCCUGAAAAUCGAUUAAAUGAUUUACAUGAAACUAAUAAAAACGAUAUAAUUUCGAAAGAAAAUCAUCAAUCACGAAUCAGUCAUUAUAAUUUGUCUUUAAUUGAAAAUUGCAAAGAUAUAAACAAUAUUUCUAUUGCGCCAAUAAAAUCAAAUGAUUGUGUCAAAGAAUAUUUAGAAUUUGAAAGAAAAAUUUUAAAAGAAGAAAAAGAAAAAAAUUGUGAAUUCGUGCAUAAAGAUUAUUCUUACAAAGAUGAAGAACAAAUAUGUUUAAUUCACUUGAAAUCACCUAAAAUUUCAAAUUAUAUAGAAACUGAUACAACAACACCUACAUUUGAUAUACUUGAAUCUAGCAAAGACAUAAAGAAAAAUGAUUCUACGAAUUCAAAUAAAUUGAUUAAAUAUUUAAUAGAAAAUGAAACAAAUAAAUUUGAUAGAUUUGAUUCAGACUUUAAUAAAUCUUCAAAUAAUACUGAACAUGGUAAAAUAAAUUUUAAGGAAAAUACUAUUAUAGAAAAUAAUAAAGGGAAUUGUCAAAAAGAUUUAAUCAUGAAAGAUAAUAUGUACGUAACUAACAUUGGAAUGUCUGAAAUAAAAUCUGAUAAAAUUGGAAUGAUUGAAACAAAUCAAGAUUCCCGAACAGAUCCCUGUAAAGAAAAUAAAAAUUUCAGUAGAAUGGAAACUAUUAAUUAUAGUGAGAUUAAUAAAUGUAAUAUACAAGAUACUCAUAAUUCUAUUUUAAAACAACCUGUGCAAAAAAAUGAUUCAUUACAUACAACAUUAAGAUCUCAUAAAAGUAGAAGAAAACUUUUAAAUGAAAAAAAACCUGCAAUUUCUGAAUUAACAGAAGAAUUAGAAAGUGUUACGGAACAAAAAAUAACUGAUAAUAUGAUUGUAUCUGUUUCAAAAACUCGCAAUAAAACAGAAAAAACAAAAAGUAGAUUAACAAGAAGUCAAAAGAAAGAUCGAAAGGAAUUAGCUACUACUGAAAUUGGUGUAGCUGAUGAUGAUUCGGGAAUUCAAGAUAUUUAUGAAUUUAGUGAAAAAGAAAGUAAUUUGGAAGAUAUUAGAAUACCAUCAAUAAUGCGACGUAAACAAGAAACUCGUUAUACAUCUGGACUCACGUCGCAUUUACAAGAAAUGCAAUAUAAUGAUGAAUGCAAUAAAGUUGAACCUCCAGUAUUACUUCCGCAAGAACCAUGGCCACCAAUUAAUUGCAAUCAGAAUCAAUUGUUAGAUCCAGAUAGUAAUAGUCAAUUAAGAGAAAAUUCCAUACAUAAUGAAAGCUUAAAGAGAUUAUCAACUUGUAGUAAUGAUAAUGCACAAAAGUUAACAACUCCUACAGAAUAUCAAUGGCAAAUGAAUAGUUCUAAUUGUCAAGUAUGUCCAACUACUCCAGAGAGAACUGGCAGAUUAAAACUUACUCUUCGCAUGAAACGUUCGCCAGUUUUAGAAGACAUCGUAGAAUCGGGUACGAGUUUAAGUGAAGAUAGUUAUGAACCUGAAUACGAAGUAUUACGUGUAGAAGGUGUGGAAAGAAGUAGACGUAAAAAAAAACAUAAAACUCGAGAUCGUGAAAAACGACAUAAGAAACGCGAAUUAAAUCUUGAUCCUCCUCCACCACCUAUGAAAAGAUUGCGUUUAAUUUUUGGCAAUGAAACACAUACUAUCGACUUUCCACAUUCUUAACAACUAUAAAUAGUGAUUUUCAGUAUCAUCUGAAAUAAAUUAUAAACAUAAUUUAGACAUGUUAAAGCAGGUCUCCUUGUCCUGUAACAUUAUGAAUUUCUUUGUAGUUUUACAAUUAUAAACGAUAUAUACUGUCGUUAAACUUUAUAGGUAUUUGAUGAUAAAAUUAUUGUGUUCUGAUUUUUUGUCAUUUUUUACUGCUUAAAUUUUGUCUUGCUUCUUAUUCUUCUAACAACGAAUAAUUAAAGGCCUAGUAAACAUAAAUUUAAAAAAAAAGUGUAUUGAUUCGUAUGCUGUUCAGUAAAUAUUUAUUAAAAAUUUUAUAUAGAUCUAUUUAAAACAGAUAAUACGUAACUAAUUAGAUUAUUAUAUUCAUAACAAAAUUAGUAUUUUAUUUUAUUGUUGUCGUAACUUGCUUCUUCAUUAAUAUUGUAUUUAUACAAACAUAGUUUUGAUAAAACAGGUUUUAAAACCUAUAGUCUUUCAUUUUCUGCUUAUUUUCAAUAUUAUAAAUUUAUAUUGUUAAACAAUUUUUUACUAAUAAAAUAUUUAUAUUAUAUAUGCAAAAUUCACACAUAAAAUACAUCCUUGUCUUAAAAACAAGGAAAGAAUAUAUUGAGUUGAGUUAUAUCUAUAUACUAUUUCCAGAUAAGGACAAAGGAGAAAAAUCUAUACUCUUAUAUUAUGUAUAAUAAGCUAUAAAAUAAUAAUAAUGAUAAUAAUUCAAUUUAAAUUAGUUAAAUACUAGAUAUCAUAUAUUAAUUGCUGUUCUCAAAAUGCGUGAUUGAUUACCGAGAAAAAAUUGUAAAUAUUGCUUAUGUGUACGUAAGCGCGUGCGAAUAUAUAUAUAUGUGUAUGUAUCAUAAUGAUAUACAUGCAAACAUACUUAGUACAUUGCUCGACACAUGCGCGCGCGUACACACACACACACACACACACACACACACAGCACAGCACACACACACCACAUACACAUAUAUAGAGAGCGCGUGCGCAAAGAAAUAUAAUUGUUGUAUUCCGUAUAUCGAUGUAAUACAAUGCCUUAAUGCUAAUGAGUAUAAAGCAAGUGCAUUGCACGUAAAUGUCAUCGUGUACCGAAUACAUAUAUCGUUUAUAUACGAUAAUGAAAA